AUGGCAACUUCUCUCAAGAUCCGGAAAGGGGUCGUGACUCGCCAAUUUAAUGUGCUAGCCGACGCCCUCAAAAAUUAUGUCAGUCUGGGUGAAACCGAAAUAUCCGUCAUGGAAGGAGAUUUCGCAGCAAAAAUGUGCGAAAUAGACUCAGCGUUAGUAUAUAUUCGCACUGUACAAACUUCUCUCCAAAAGGCCAUUUACGCGUUUGCCGAAACUGUCGACAGCAUAGAAAUGCCACCAGGAGGUGAAGAAGAAAAACGCGUUUCGGAACACAUCGAAAAAGUCAACGCACUCCUUUCCGAAACGGAAACAUUUCUCGCGCGUCUUGAGGUGCAAAAACACGUCUUGACGAUGAAAAUGAGAACUCAAACGGGAGUACAAGUAUAUCCGGACCCUGGAGUGCAAAAUCAGGAAACACCGGUGGGCCGCGUAGAAUUACCCAGACUUCCUAUCCCAGAAUUUAACGGCAAAAGUUGGCAGUGGGACAAUUUCUGGGAAUUGUUUAAAGCCACAGUACACUCACUCCCGCUCUCAAAUUUACAGAAGUUCAAUUACUUACUGAGAGCAUUAAAGAGAGAGGCACGACAGUCUGCAGAACGCUUUCAAGUGACUGCAUCAAAUUAUCCCCUAGUGUUGGAACACUUGCGGGAAAAGUACGGCAAUACGUCUGCAAUCAUAACUAAUCUACAUGAAAGAUUAGAGACUUGGACUGCAUGA